AUUUAAUUAUAAAAAAAAUACACUACUGACAAGAUUUCUUGUUAAGCCAAAGCUGGCUGUGCAGACUGCGGAGUUCUUUAAGCAAAGCUGCAAAACCAAAUCAGAGCUGCAAGAAGCAAUUGCUGAUUGUUCGAAGUUGGAAUGCGUGAUGGCGACUGGUAGAAGUGGCGAUAAGAAUCAGCUGAAGCUGUAUUCGUUCUGGCUCAGCUCUUGCUCCCACCGUGUUCGUAUUGCUCUCAACUUGAAAGGGUUAAGUUAUGAGUAUAUAGCAGUUGACUUGUCGAAGGACGAGCAAUUCAGUCCGGAGUUUUCAAAGCUCAAUCCUCUUGGUUACGUGCCAGUGCUCGUGGAUGGGGACAUCGUACUUGCCGACUCUCUUGCCAUCAUAAUGUAUUUAGAAGAGAAAUAUCCGCAGCAUCCAUUGUUGCCUCAAGAUCUUCAGAAACGAGGCAUCAAUUACCAGGUGGCUAAUAUUGUUUUCUCAAGCAUACAGCCUCGUCAAAUACCGCUAUAUCGGCGAGUGAGACUUCCGAAAUACAUCGAGAAAGUUGGUCCCAACGAGAGCCUUGCUUGGGCUAAAUUUCAUAAUGACAAAGGCUUUACUGCAAUUGAAAAGUUGUUAAAAGACCAUUCCGGAAGAUAUGCUACUGGAGAUGAAGUUUCCCUGGCAGAUUUGUUUCUAGCGCCUCAGAUUCAUGCAGCAAUUAAUCGAUUCGAUGUUGACAUGACUCAGUUCCCUCUUUUAUCCCGGCUGAAUAAGGCAUACAAUGAAAUCCCAGCUUUUCGAGAUACUACUCCAGAAAAGCAGCCGGAUGCUCCUGCAAAAGCUUGUUAAUCAAUGGGGGGCUGAGUUCUGUUGAAACAUUUCAGAAAUCAGCAAUUAUAAAAGACAAAAACCCCGUGUUAUAUUUAUUGUAUUCAAAAGCCAUACUCAGAUUUUUGUUUGCAGCUCUCAAUUUUGUGCAAUUCCAACCAAGUCGUUCCUGUUGAACUGAAACUCUAUUUGUCGAACAUAAUUUUGCUAGGAUCUGAGAAGGAGGAAGUUCUCUCAACAAAACCUAUUAAAUAAAUUGUCAUGUAUUCUUUAAA